GCUCCUCAUUUGGUAAAAGAAAUUUAUAUAAUUUUAUCUAAAGAAAAAGAAUUUGUAGUUUAACAAAUAGAAACCAAAACGAUAGAAUUAGCAUUUAGCAGGGGAUAUGGAGGAGAAAAGAGGAGUAGUGAAGUCAAGAUUCAAAAGAGUCUGUGUCUUUUGUGGGAGCAGUACUGGCAAGAAAGAUUGUUAUAGAGAUGCUGCUCUUGAACUGGGCAAAGAACUGGUCUCAAGGAGGUUAGAUCUCGUUUAUGGAGGAGGAAGUGCUGGAUUGAUGGGCUUAGUAUCUCAGGAAGUCCAUCGCGGAGGAGGACAUGUAUUAGGAAUCAUCCCCAAAACUCUGAUGAGAAAAGAGAUAACUGGAGAAACAGUAGGAGAGGUCAGACCAGUAGCCGACAUGCAUCAAAGGAAAGCUGAGAUGGCCCGCCAUUCUGACUGUUUUAUUGCCUUACCAGGUGGCUAUGGAACUUUGGAGGAGUUAUUGGAAGUCAUUACAUGGGCCCAGCUUGGCAUCCACGACAAGCCAGUAGGUUUGCUUAAUGUGGACGGCUACUACAAUCUCCUACUAACCUUCAUAGACAAGGCUGUGGACGAUGGCUUCAUUAUGCCUUCUCAACGUAGCAUUAUUGUCUCUGCCCCAAAUGCCAAAGAGCUUGUUCAGAAACUCGAGGAUUACGUGCCUCUGCAUGAUGGAGUUGUUGCUAAGGCUAAGUGGGAGGCUGAACAAGUGGAGCUUAAUGCACGUUUGCAGAUUGAAAUUGCUCGUUAGCUAGGGACCAUAUAACAAGGUCUUGUUAUCUUUUUAUCUUAUCUUUUUUUUUUUUUUUUUGGGGUGGGGGGUGGUGUUAGGAUUUUCUACAAGUAGAUAAUGUACGUAACUAGGGUUUUUUCUCCUUUUCAAUUUUGUAUGAAUUGUUCUAGAAAGGGGAAGGAGAAUUAACUACUAAUAGUAUCUGUUUAACUCUAUUUUAUGCAGUGGAAAGAAAAUAGCAAAAUGUUAUUUUCUUUCUGAUGAUGAAUUCUAUUAUUUAUGUAAUUAAAGAAAGGCAAUGGAAAGAAGGAAAAAAAAAAAAAAAAACAAGUAGGAAAAACAAAAAUUAGCAGCUUUU